AGAUCAUUUGAAAUAGUAGUGUUCUGUGUUGUUUUGUUAAAAAAUGUCAUGCAAAGCAUUGAUUGACUGUGCUAUGGUGCAAGAACACUUGGUGGAUUUUCAUGAAAAAUAUAUCGAUGAGCGAUAGGAAAUUCAAAUGUUGCUAAAUUACAGGAAAGUUAAAAUUGCAGUUAAUUGAGGAUAUAGUUUAAGAAUGAAAAGAUUGCCACUGUUGAUGUAUGGUUUUUAUUAUCAUGAAUUCUUCUGUAAACCUUGGAGUGGUUGUUCAGUAUAGUGGAGGCUUACACUGCAGUAAAGAUGCACUUACGGACAUGUUUGGAUGGUUUCUUCAGAUUCUUUUAGCUGGCCUUGCUUUUACUUGUCUUGUUGCCAAAAGAUUUUGUGAACCACGAGCAUACCGUCGGUCAUGGCAAAUUUGGUUUUAUGAUACUUCAAAACAGGGAUUAGGGGCUAUGGCUAUUCAUUUGGCUAAUGUUUGGCUUGCUGGACAGUAUACUGGGGAUCCAUGCACCUGGUACCUCAUUAACUUUCUCUUAGACUCAACCAUAGGCUUAGUCAUAAUCUUUAUUGGAAUUCGAACUAGUCAGUAUCUUGCAAGGAGGAAGGGUUGGGAAGCUAUUAAUUUUGGAGAAUAUGGCAAACCACCAAACAUGAAUGCUUGGUUAGCUCAGUGUAGUCUAUAUGUUGGGCUUAUGUUUAUCGUAAAAGUUUCAAUUACACUGUUCAUGCAACUGGAUUUCUGGGAGAAUGUGAAAAAUUUUAUUUUAUCACCAAUUCCCAAUCCUAAGUUGGAAUUGGCUUUUGUGAUGCUAAUUAUUCCAUUUUUUGUAAAUAUGUUGAUGUUCUGGGUUACAGACAAUUUCUUAAUGUACAGAGAACCACUUAGAAGACGUAGGAUUAGUUCAGAAGAGAGUCUUCUUCAGAAAGCUAAAGUUAAAUAUCGUAAUUUUCGUAAGAAAAAACUUGAUUCUGACUGUGAUGUAUUACUAUCGGCUGAUGAUGAAUUGUUGGAUUCCGAGGUCAUACCAAUUGUCAGAGGUAGCAUUUUGGCCUAAACAUUCCACUGACUAAAUUAAAGUUGACUAUGAAGGCCGCAAACAUGGUUUUAUAUUACAUGUUUGAGAAUUAAUAUCCCAUUUUUUGCAUUUCCAUAGUGCUUUAGAAAUAUAAAAAUAUUUAAUAUAACCCAUAAGGUUUAAAGAAUUAUAUAAUAAUAACAAAACAAAAUAUUUUGGGUGCGAGCUACUCUAUACUAGUUAUUACAAAGGAUGUGCCUAUUAUGUAUAUAAAAUGUCUAGAUCGGCUAAAAGAUUUAGCAAAAGAAAUAGAUUUUAUGAGGUAUAAAAUGGCAUAUAGGUUGAUGCUUGGCAGAUGAAGUAGAACGGUUACGCAGUAACAUAACAUCACCUGCUAUGAGCCGAGUUUAAUAAGAGCCAAUGGAUAAAAAACCACAUUAUAUUUCUUCUUGGUCUUGUCAGAGUUUUUUAGAGAAUUCUGACGGCACGCAGUGCUACGCCUGCCACAUUUUGAGAUUUACUAUUGUGAUUUUUUUUAUAGGUUACGAUUAACAUAAAGGUUACCUUAUCCAUUAAGAAAAUUUUAAUAGAAUUUAAGUGAAAACUAUGGAAGUCUUUAAUAAUAUUUUUUAAACCUACUCCUAGAGGUGCUAGAGGUUUUUAACAAUCCUUCAUAAUCUCAAUUACUCUUAGAUGCUAAAUUAUUUUAAACGAUGUUAUGAUAUUAUCAUCUGUCAUUUUUUUUCCACCCAUUUUUUAAAUAAUGCCGACCUCAUUAAACAUUUUACGAAUUUAUGUUCAUGAAAAUGACACGGCUUUAUUGAUUUAUCUCCUUAUAUGAUAAAAUGGCUUAGACUUGAAGUACACAAUUACGUUUUUUGAAACAGAGCCUCUGAACUCCAAAUUGAAACGGGCACUAAAAGAAAUUCUAAUGCUUCCCAUAGAAAUAAAAAAAAGCAAUUCGAGCAACCUGUUUUUGAAAUUUUUUAUACUAUCUACGUAUUAAAAAUUUUUUGUCCAAUUGCAAAAAAUUGGCUAUAGAACAUUAAAUUUUUAAGUGGUAAGUAGAGUAAAAAUGGCACUAAAAAUAACAAUUAUGUAUUUAUUUCAUUACAAGUAAUGAAAUUUAAUUCAAAUAGUUUUUCUGUCUUAUUUCUGGCGUAAAUAUAGUUGUUUAGUAUAAUUUAUUUUAUUAUGUGUACCAAAUAUACCAAGGUUGUAUUUAGCUUGUUAAGUUGCUAAGUUGUAAAAUAAUAAAACAAUAUAUUUUUAGUAUUAUAUUUAUUAUAUCUCAUAUACCAGAUAUUCCAUGGCUGUUUCUAGCUUAUUACCUUCAUUUGUAAAGUAAUAAAACUCAAAAUUUUUAGUGAUAUCUUUAUUAUAUCUCAAGAGGUGAGUUAGUUAUUUUACAACAUGUGUUAAUAAAAAAUAGAUAUUUACAGACUAAGUCAUUUGUAAGUUCAAAACAAUUUGUUUUAUUAUUUUAAUAACUACAUACAUAUACCAGCUCGCACAGGCGAAAAAUUUAAACGUAAAUAAAUGGUAAAUUAGUCUAAUAGAGUCCAGCAAUAAGCGAGUCACAAGGAUUUCUGGCGAAUAAAAGGAAAAACUGAGAAGUAUAAAUAA